CCAAAGGGUGGAAGAUGCUGGAUAGGGCCACACUGCUCCUGUUCCUGCAUUUAGUUGCAUGUUCCAUCUCCUCUCCUCUCUACCCAGCUCUCAGGUACAGUCCAGAGCCAGUUGCUGGCAAGGCCGUGAACUUCCAGCUACAGCACAGCAGCCCUUUGCAGAGCCAUAACCCCUCAGUGGAGGAACAGGAUGAGGAGAGUUUGUUAACAGACCCCACUGAGAGAAGGAUGCAGCGUCAUGCUGAUGCCAUAUUCACCGACAACUACCGGAAAUUCCUGAGGCAGAUUUCUGCCCGCAAAUUCUUACAGACCAUCAUUGGCAAGCGGCUCGGAAUCAGCGAGAGCAGCCCAGGAGAAGGGGUGCACGAAUUUCUGACAAGGCGCCAGUCUGACAGUAUCCUGAUGGACAGUCGCUACCACCAACAGAUGGUACUACGGGACUUCCUGGGAGCCAUUCUGCAGAAUCAAAGGCCUCAGAACAUCAACAGCAGUCGGUUAGAAGACUUUCCCAGCACCCUGGCUAAGCUCAUGUAAAUAUUUCUCCCUUUUUCACCUCGCCAUGCUCUGAAUAAUUCAGAGCUCAUGGAUCUAACUGUACAGUAAGCCCUUCACAGCAAUGAAGACAUUCCCGGAUGUGACCAGCUGGAAACUGAUG